UCUGUGGUUCUAAUGUGUUCGUUCUAAUUCUUCCAUGUUCAGACGUUCUUUAUAAUACCUGUCUUUUCUGGUGGUUCUCAGCAGCAGCAGCUCCAGCUGGAGCUUCUCCCGGUUCCUCUGGUUCCCCUGCUGCAGCGCCCCCUGCUGGGCAUCAUGGAGCCUGGAGCCGGCCGGCAGCAUCUCCAGGUUCUGGGAGAGAACGAGGCGCUGCAGCAGUUCUUCAACGGACAGGAUGUGAAUAAUGUGCUGGACAAUUCCGUCGCCGUGGAUACGAGCAUUCUGGAGCAAUAUCUGAGCAACGAUGUGGAUCCCAGCAGCUUCAUGCUCCCUGAGUCUCCUCCUGAUUCCAGCUCAGAGGCCUGUUCUCCUGCUCAGAUACCAGAAAUACCAGAAAUACCAGAUUUGCACUACAAGCCAUCCUAUUGGUCCAACCAGCAGACUGCCCAGGAAGCGUUUGUACCAACGACCCAAUCCGGUGCCUCCUGUCGCUUUAAGGACCGAGGCUCCGCCCCCUCCGAGCUGCUGACCCACCAGCAGCUCCAUAACUUGGGUGUCACUAAUAUGUAUGUGAAGUCUGGGACUCCACCCGCCCCCCGACACCUUCAGACUCACCACUCACCUGAAUGCUACCUGAAUCCACAGAGCUGCUCGCAGGUUUACGCUCCGCCCACACCUCCGUCCCCGCCCUCCAACAGCUACCAUGCACCAAUCACAGCUGUGGCCACACCCCCUUCAGUCGGUCUGUCGCGGUCGGCCUCCACAUUACGAACCUACUCACCGGACAGUAAAAAGAGAAGGAGAUCUGAGUGUGAGGAACCGUCGGCAUCCUGCGUUGAAGGUGAUGGACCUCAUGGUGGCGCUGUAGGUCCCAGUGUUGGGGGUCUGACUCUGGGAUCCCAUCAGCUGCUGACGUGGGAACAGUACAGACUGGAACAGCGGGGCACCUUCUACGACAGCAGCUACCAGAUCCUGUCUCCUCCUGCCUACCACGUUGAAACAGAUAAAGGUUUCAACUACUCUGCUACUGACGAGGCCUUCGUGUGCCAGAAGAAGAACCACUUUCAGGUCACGGUUCACAUCGGUGUGGCGGCAGAACCACAAUACGUCAGAACGCCCAGCGGACCUCAGCAGGUCGACCACUUCCAGAUAAAAGUGUUUGGAGUUAAGUUGGAAACUCCGAGCCACCAGGUGACCAUCGAACAGUCCCAACCGGACCGCACUAAGAAACCGUUCCACCCGGUCAGGAUCAGUCUGCCUGGUGGUAAAAUAACCAAAGUGACGCUGGGAAGGCUGCAUUUCAGCGAGACGACGACCAACAACAUGAGGAAGAAAGGAAAACCCAACCCCGACCAGAGGUAUUUCCAGAUGGUGGUCGGUCUGUACGCUGCAGUCCGAGAAGAAACGUUCCUCCUGACGGCUCUGGUGUCGGAGAGGAUCAUCGUCAGGGCGUCCAACCCGGGUCAGUUCGAGACAGACGGCGACACUUUGUGGCAGCGGGGGGCACUGCAGGAAGCUGUGGUCUGUCACGGUCGGGUCGGCAUCAACACCGACUCCCCCGACGAGGCGCUGGUCGUCUGUGGCAAUGCCAAGGUGAUGGGCGCCGUCAUGCAGCCGUCCGACCAGCGCGCCAAACACAACAUCCAGGAGGUCGACUCUGAGCAGCAGCUGAAGAGAAUCACUCAGAUGAGGAUAGUGGAGUUUGAUUACAAACCAGAGUUUGCCUCUUCGAUGGGGAUAGACCACACCCACCAGACAGGUAUUAUCGCCCAGGAGGUGAAGGAGCUGCUGCCGUCUGCGGUGAAGGAGGUCGGAGACGUCACCUGUUCUGACGGAGAGACGAUAGAGAACUUCCUCAUGGUGGACAAGGAGCAGAUCUUCAUGGAGAACGUCGGCGCCGUUCAGCAGUUGUCGAAACUCACUGACAACCUAGAGACUCGGAUCAAAGAGCUGGAAGUCUGGAACUGUCGGCUGGCCAAACUGAAGAGUCUGACGGGCAGCCUUCGCUCCACCGGGGGGCGUAAGAAGCACAGUGUCGUGUCGACCACAUCCAGCAUCACCUCCUGUAAAUCGGAGAAAGUCGAGAAAGAGGUUCAGAGUCGGAAAUCUAACAGCUGUCUCCACCACAAGGUCUUCCAGGCCAGUGUCUUCACCCUCUUAGCCACCAUGGCCUUCUGCGUCAUCUCCAUCACUGCUCUGUACCUGGUCAACUUAAGGGAGGACGACUUGACUCUGUUUCCGGGCAACAACAAUGCCACCGAAGUUCCUCCACAGACCACGUGGACAAGCACAGUCCCUCCCACCAGUCUUCCUGGUCUGUGGCCUCCAGAUGUGGACUUCUGUGAUCUGCUGUACUGUGAUCAGGUGUACUGCUGCCCAGCGCCUGCAGGGGGCAGCAACAGCUCCAUGGCGUCGCCCACCGAGUCGACCAAUCAGGACGAUCUAGACGAAAUGAGACGAGAAAAGCUUUAUGAGUAUCUGAAAAGUGCCAGAGACUGGACGAAUACGACUAUCCAGUCCUUCAGGAUCAAAGAGAACCAGCAGCUGAUCGACGGUAGAUACUGUCUGAGGGACCAGUGUGGAUCCGGCCGGUUCGUCUUCAGAGUUCCAAUCAGUCAGUUUGUUCCCGACAACAUGAGAGUGACUCUGAUCAUGAAUUCUACGGAGCUGUUGGUCGUUCAUCUGUGCAGUUUUGAUGAAUCUGUUUCCUGCUCGUCUCUGAUGGAUAAAAACACCGUCACCGGCAGCAGAUAUCCAUCAAACACUCAGGGGGAACAUGAGUGGCCUCUUCACGUGGCUCAUCUUUAUCACAGCUCCUAUCACUUCCGCUCUGCAGUCGCUGGUCAAGCUGACUGCACUACCGACCAUCACUACAUGGGGGCGCUCUUCACAGAUUACCACUUCUACUUCUACAGACGCUGCAUGGACACAGAAACACACAUUUAAAUCCAGUUUUAUAUUUUAAAUGUUUGCUUUUCCGACACAACCAGAGAAACUGCUGACUUCCUGUCGUUGUGUUGUUUGUUUUUUAAAGCUGCAGUUGUGUUUUUAUUGUCGAUGGUGUAAUUCAUUUCUCAUUGUGAUGAUGUACUAUUUAACGUAUUUUACUCUCAUGUCUGACAGUUAAUCUGAGAUUUAACCGAUGAAAACAUGAGCCCAGCAGCAUCCCACCUUCUAAAGACGAGCUUUUAAUCUGAAGUCAAACGUGGAAAUUUUUGGUUCGGAAAAAAACUGAAAACAUUUGUGAGUCUGCAGUUUCUGGCUUUUGUCAAAUCUUUGCUUGUUUUCUUGUGAGAAACUGGAGAGUUUUGUCUGUAAAACUCUGAAAACAAAGAUGUAUGAAAACUGCUCGUUUAAAGUUUGUCAACCUGAACUUUAAGCGAAUCCAAAAAGAAUGAGGUGUUUGUUUUUCUGGUUUUUAGU